AUGGGUGGCUUCCUCCGUAUUGUAGCUAUUGCGCUCGCUGUUGGUAGCGGUGUCCUUGGUGGACAUAUCGUGCCCCCGAGGCCAUCUGUACCUUUGGCACAGGCUCCAUCAACACCUCCCGUUCGUGCGAACAGCAACGGGACUACUGAGCUUCUCCCUCCGUACGACACGAUCUAUUAUUUCGAUCAGUUGAUCGACCACAAGAACCCCUCACUCGGAACAUUCAAGCAAAGAUACUACUUUACGUAUGAGUUCUAUCAACCGGGUGGCCCAAUCAUUCUCAACGUACCAGGAGAAUCCAACAUGGAGGGUUACUCUGGCUACCUCACCAACCGUACUCUUCCCGGUCAGAUCGCCCAAGUGACCAAUGGUGCCGUCGUGUUCCUGGAACACCGCUGCUUCGGAGAAUCCAACCCCUACCCAAACCUAGAGGAAUCCACGUUGAAGUACCUCAGUGUCGAGCAAGCCAUUGAAGACCUCGAAUAUUUCGGUAACAAUGUUCACCUGCCAAUGCCUGGAGGUGACCAGGUCCCGACAACCAAGGCCGCUUGGGUGUUGAUUGGUGGCAGUUACCCAGGGGCAGUCGUCAGUUGGGCAAUGGCUGCUAAACCAGGCGUCUUCUGGGCAGGAUACUCGUCAUCUGGUGUGGUCCAAGCCAUCAACUGGUACUGGGGAUAUUUCGAACCCGUACGCCAGUACAUGCCAAAGAACUGUUCUGCGGAUGUCCAAAAAGUUGUCAAUUAUGUAGACGCUACUUUUACCUUUGGUAAACGUAGUGAAAUUCAGGCGCUCAAAGAGACAUUGGGUAUGGGUAACUUGAGUCAUGUGGACGAUGUUGCUGGUGCUUUGCGUAAUCCGCUCUGGUACUGGCAAAGCCUUCAGCCUGGACAGAGCGACCAGAGUUUCUACGAGUUCUGCGAUGCGCUUGAGGUCAAGAAUGGCGUGUCCGCCGGUCCGAGCGGUUGGGGACUUGAUCAUGCACUCACUGCAUAUGGCAACUAUAUGAAGACUUAUAUUUCGGAAGCUUGCGGGAGCAGUUCGCAAGAAGACUGUCUAGGCUCCUACAACCCCAAUUCGACAUACUACACUGACACAUCCAUCGAUAAUUCGUGGCGCUCUUGGAACUGGUUACUAUGCAAUGAAUUUGGGUUUGCACAAGCAGGAGCCCCCCUUGGUUGGCCAUCGGUCGUUACGCGCUUAGUUGUACCACCCUACGAUAUGCGUCAAUGCACUUACUUCUACCCCAAAUCAUUCCCCAAGGCACGAUUCCCGAAUACUUUGAACAUUAACACGAAGUAUAAAGGCUGGAAUGUUAAUAUUCCUCGGUUAUUCUUCGCCAACGGGAAGCGUGAUCCCUGGCGUGAGGCGACCAUGAGCUCUGACUUCUAUCCUCGCAAGUCCACGGACUUGCAGCCCAUUGCUGUUUCGGACGGAUUCCACUGCUCUGACCUUCUCACACGAUUUGGUGCUUCGGACAAAACAGUUUACGAUGUUCAACAACUCGCUAUCGCUUACUUUACCAAGUGGAUCAAAGAAUGGCAAGACAAGAAUCCAGGAGCGGUUAAGGGCGGCGCAGUUACCGUUAUUGACCCGGCCACGAAACCUGCACCUCCCGCAUUUGCUCCUCUCGUAUCCCCUCCGGCUGAUGCAUCGCCUAUCACUGUCCCAGCAAACGUCACCACGCCCACAUCUGCCCCUGCACCAGGUAACAAGCAAGCGAAGAAGCUCAUCCAAAAUUCGUUCAAUUACGGCUCUUAA